AUGACGCGCCACGGCAACCCCUACCACAACUUCCGCCACGGCAUCGACGUCGCGCAGACGCUCUUCUGCUUCGCCGAGGGGAAGCUCCUCGGGGAGGCGGGCGGGCGGCGGGCCUUCGGGGCGCCCAAAGUCGUCUUCGACGACCUCGAGGUCCACGCGAUGAUGCUCGCGGGCUUCUGCCACGAUUUGGACCACCCGGGCCUCAACAACGGCUUCCACGUCAAUUGCGGCCACCCGCUGGCGCUCCGCUACAACGACCGCGCCGUGCUCGAGGAGUGGCACGCCUUCUCCAUGUGGCACGUCCUGCGGCGGCCGGACUGCGACAUUUUAGCGCGCUACCCCGCGGCGGACGUCGCGAAAAUCCGCAAGUUCUCCGUCGCGGGCAUCCUCGCGACGGACAUGACGCAGCACGGCGCCAUCACGGGCGGCGUCCGGGGCCUCGCGGACGCGCCCGAGGACCCGGCGAAGCGCGACGGCCACGCGCUCACGCUCUUCAAGGGCCUCGUCCACGCCGCCGACGUGUCGAACCCCGCCAAGCCCUGGGCCGUGUCCAAGGCCUGGUCCGACGUGCUCCAGGUCGAGUUCUUCCACCAGGGCGACCUCGAGAAGGCGCGCGGUCUGCCCGUGUCCUUCGGCAUGGACCGCGCGACGACGUCCCAGCGCGGCAUGGCCAUCGGCUUCGGCUCGAAGCUCGUCGGGCCCUUCUACCAGGCCAUCGCCGCGCUCCAGCCCGACGUCCAGCCCUGCGUCGACAUGCUCAACGACAACGUCGACGUCUGGACGAAGAUGGACGCCUAG